AUGGAAUCGAUAUCAUUCCCCGGGAGCAACCAUGGGCUCCAGGUCGGAAUUAGCCAUGGCCCGAUCAACGCGGAAUUCCAUCUUCCGCCGGAGCGGCCAGAAACCCCACCUAGCCCUCUAUCGACUGUCCCAUUCCCGCGCGAUCCGCACUUUGUCAGUCGCAACACACUGCUCCAUCAGAUUCACGAGAAAGGCUCUGUGCCCGGGUCGAGAAUAGCGCUAGUCGGCCUCGGCGGUGUUGGGAAAUCACAGCUUGCCAUCGAAUACUCCUAUCGGGUCCGAUCCGAAUCGCCAACAACAUGGAUUUUCUGGGUAUAUGCGAGUAACGAAGCCCGGUUCGAGCAAAGUUUUCGGGAUAUUGCAGACCAAGUCAAAAUUCCGGGUCGUCAGAAUCCAAAGACGAACAUAUUCAAGCUGGUUGAAAACUGGCUCCUAGAUGAGAAGAGAGGAAAGUGGAUUUGUAUCCUUGACAAUGCUGAUGACGACGGGUUCCUUUGUUUGCUUCCAACGGCAGGCAAAGGCCAUCUAGCGAGAGGCCUAACGAACGCUUCCACGAAACCACUAUUAGAAUAUAUCCCUAGAAGCCAGAAUGGCUUUAUUAUUAUCACGAGUCGGAGCAAAGAAGUCGCACUCAAGAUGGUGAAUCAUAAAGAUCUCAUUGAAGUCAAUCCGAUGGAAAGCUCUGAAGCACUAGAGCUUCUCCGAAAAACGCUCGAUCAAACCGAGCAAAGCCCAGGGAGUGAACAGUUAGUGGAAGAGCUCGAGUUUAUGCCACUAGCGAUCGUCCAGGCCGCUUGCCUUAUUCGAAAUCGGGCGCCUCGCUAUUCGAUAUCACUAUACCUGAGAGACUUUCAAGGCAGUGAUAUCGAAGCGACAAAGCUUCUCAAAAGCGAGGCCAGUCGACUUGUCCGGGAUUGGGAAGCAAAUAACUCAAUCCUCGGGACUUGGCAAAUUUCAUUCGACUAUAUUCGCCAUACAAGACCUUCUGCGGCAGAUCUACUUUCUCUCAUGAGCUUCUUCGACCGGCAGGGGAUACCAGAGAGCUUGAUCCGGCUUGGGCCUAAGGCCAGCAACUCCUCAGAACUCUUUGACGACUCUAGUGACACGGAGAUAUCUGAAUCCGACAAAGGCCCUGAAUUCGAAGAUGAUAUCACCACUUUAAGAAAUUACUCGUUCAUAUCUGUCAGGGGGCGGUGGGAGGAGGCGGAGCAGCUCAACGUGCAGGUCAUGGAGUCUCGCAAGAUGAAGCUCGGUGUGGAUCAUCCCGACACGUUGACCAGUAUGGCCAACCUAGCAUCAACAUAUUGGAACCAGGGCCGCUGGGAGGAAGCAGAGCAGCUCAACGUGCAGGUCAUGGAGUCUCGCAAGAUGAAGCUCGGCGUGGGCCAUCCCUCCACCCUGACUAGUAUGGCCAACCUAGCGUCGACGUAUAGGAAUCAGGGCCGCUGGGAGGAGGCAGAGCAGCUUCAGGUGCAGGUCAUGGAGAGGAGCAAGGCAAAGCUCGGCGUGGACCAUCCCUCCACCCUGACUAGUAUGGCCAACCUAGCGUCGACGUAUAGGAAUCAGGGCCGCUGGGAGGAGGCAGAGCAGCUUCAGGUGCAGGUCAUGGAGAGGAGCAAGGCGAAGCUCGGCGUGGACCAUCCCUCCACCCUGACUAGUAUGGCCAACCUAGCGUCGACGUAUAGGAACCAGGGCCGCUGGGAGGAAGCAGAGCAGCUCAACGUGCAGGUCAUGGAGACUCGCAAGUCUAAACUCGGCGUGGGCCAUCCCUCCACCCUGACCAGUAUGGCCAACCUAGCAUCGACAUAUUGGAACCAGGGCCGCUGGGAGGAGGCAGAGCAGCUCGACGUGCAGGUCAUGGAGUCUCGCAAGAUGAAGCUCGGUGUGGAUCAUCCCGACACGUUGACCAGUAUGGCCAACCUAGCAUCGACAUAUUGGAACCAGGGCCGCUGGGAGGAGGCAGAGCAGCUCCACGUGCAGGUCAUGGAGUCUCGCAAGAUGAAGCUCGGUGUGGAUCAUCCCGACACGUUGACCAGUAUGGCCAACCUAGCAUCGACAUAUUGGAACCAGGGCCGCUGGGAGGAGGCAGAGCAGCUCAACGUGCAGGUCAUGGAGUCUCGCAAGUCUAAACUCGGCGUGGACCAUCCCGACACGCUGGCAAGCAUGGCCAAUCUCGCUUUCACCUGGAAGUCUUCAGGUCAUCAUACCCGGGCCCUAGAUUUGCUACGAGAUUGUCUGUCCAAGCAGAGGCAAUCACUGGGGCCCAAUCAUCCCCAAACCUUAUCUCAUUCCGAAACCUUGCUGGAGUGGGAAAUAGAGUUGUUAAAUUUUGAUACAUAG